GUAUUUGGACCGCUCGCGCGGCAGCGCGCUUUCGCGCCUCGUCUCAGAGAUACAGUGGUAAUCACGUAACGAUAGACGUUGGUGUAACCCCAGUACUCGUGUAACCCCAAUAACCCUUAUCCUGGAGACUCACUUCCACACUUUCAUCAUUCACUCAUCUUCUCACGCUCACGCUCACGCUCACGCUCACACCUUCCGUACUCCCAACACGCUUGAGCUUGUUCCUGUCAGAUUUUCCGUUAUCAAGCUCUGUGCUAUCAAGCAAGUAUUAUGGCGAUCACUACAGACUACCCUGGAAUCAAGGUCGAAGUUCGUGUUGCUGAAGCCGUCCUACAGGAAUAUGACGACGAUGAGGCGGAGAGCUCGACGAAUGCGGCGACGAAAUACAUCGAGGCCACUUCCGGGUCGACCUUCGACAUUCGCUUUGAGAUGACUCCAAAAUGGCCAGACAACCCAGUCUUAUUUCGAACUUAUGUAGAUGGGCGGCACGUUCGAGAUCGUAUCGCAAAGCAGGAGGACUUCAGAGGUACUAGCUACAGGAUGUUGGUUGAAGGCUCAGCUUAUACAGAAAACGAGCGGUGGUUCACAACCAAAUUUGCUUCCUCUGCCCUCCAAAUUGAUGAUCCUGACGUCCGUUCCGCUGCAGACCAGCUUAUGAAAGACAUGAAAGAGAUGGGAGAGAUUGAGGUCCAUGUUUUCUUCGUCAAGAACGUUCGCAAUUCCAGCAAGCUGGAGUUAUCUGCAAUGAGUACCUCGGACUUUGGCAACAUACCGGAGAAGGCUCUGAAGGGCAGAGCCUUGUCCCAUCAAACAAUUCUGCGUGCUCCAGAAGUUAUACCGAAGACUACGCAGCUGACAUGCCGAUACAUGAACAAUGAUCGCAAGUCCUUCAUCACUUUCAAAUUCAAGUACCGGUCUAAGGCUGCCCUUCAGUCUCUUCUCAUCAUCCCCCGCAAUCCUAGUCCAGUACCGCUCGAAGAUCGUGACGUCGAUACCCUUACUCUAAAGGAGUCCCAUGAAGUACUUCGGCGUCAUCGUGAACGAGAAGACGCCGCGCCGAGUGUCAAGCGAGAAAGGUUCAAGCGAGAACGAAGCAGUACCGCUGUCAUGGAGGACCAGGAUGAUGGCAACGUCUCUUUUGUAUCUGCUAAGCGCAGGAGGCUUCCCAUUACUCUAAACGAGGACGGUAUCGAGAUUGUUGAUUUGACUUCGGCUACAGCCUGA